GUGGGAGAGGCUAUUAUCCGAUCACAUAUCGCAAAGACUGGUCUCGCGUAAUUCCCUCCUGGUUAACACUUUCUGCUGAGGAUAUUGACAUAGCACUAUGUUUAUCUGACUACCUUCCAACCUGACACUUCCCUGCCGACUAAUGAUACCUGAUGAUCUCUCCUUUCUUGCUGACUAUUUUACAAACUUCAUCUAUUGAUAUCCCGUCCAUCAUUGUCACACCUGCACAUCUCUCAGCUUUGUUGCAUAUAGAAUUUUAUUCGGUUGUCUCCCAAGUAAAAGGGUCGGUCCGAUGGCAUAGAUGAAUUUGCACACGCAUUUAGCGCCAGCUGGAGUCCACUUUAGCUGCCACUCCCACACCGUAUCUUUUACUUGCCUGAUAAGCAGUUUCAGUGUAUGAUCUUCAACGCCUUGUCGACUUGAGAGAUCAACAGUUAUCGCAACCAUGCCGAAGGUGAAAUGCGUGCAUUGCGGUGUGGUCCUCGAACGCUACGAGAUGCCACACCAUGUACGAGAACUCCACAACAAACCAUUGCAGCUCGGGCAGUCCAACCGAAAUGCACCCGAGAUGUUGUUUGGAGAAUGGCAAGCCAGAGAAAGUACCCAGCCAGCUUCUGUCAUCACUCGACCGGAACGCGAAACAUUCCAAUUGGAGAUCCAAGACAUCCUGAGACAAGCAUGCAGCGAGGGUGUUGAGACCCUGCCUGUCCUUGGGGCGUUGUAUGCGUACACCUUCACUCAUCUUCAACUGUGCGCUCCAGAGAAACAAAGGAUCGGGGUCGUAUUUUUGAAUCAUCUUAUCGCCGACCUCGAAGACCUGAAGACGUGGUUGAUAGGAGAAGGCGAUGCCUAUCUUUCGAGUUUAAAGACUAUGAAGGAUGGGCUUGUUCGCAUUCUACAGAUGUCACAAGUCGAGAAGCACAUUUGCAAUACUGGCCUGAUCAACGAAAAGAAAUUGCACCACCUCGACAUCAACAACAUAGGAGCGUUGAUUGUCGAGCACACAACAUCGAGUGAGCGUGCCCGCGCUUUCUACGCCGAUGACAACGCACAGUUCAUGGUCGAGAUACUACAAAAUCUACUUACGACUCGGUCUGAAAUUCUGGAAAAAUAUAGAAGGUAUCUGGUGAAUGCUGUGUUCAAACUGUCAAGGAAAUCUGGACGGUUCCCACAGAGUUUGCAACUUUGUGGCAUUCAGGACUUAAAACAUACCGAAUUUCAUGGCGGCUUUGGCCUGAUCUAUCAGGGUCAGCUAAACGGCCGCCUUGUUGCCGUAAAAAAGGUGCUAGAAGGUAAACGUUCCCAAGAACAAUUUCAUAAAGCAUUUUCUAACGAAGCGGUAACCUGGUACUAUGUACGACAUGCAAAUUGUCUUCCGUUUUACGGCGUAUACGUCCUUAAUGACGCUGAGAAGACCUGGUGUCUCGUAUCCCCCUGGAUGGCAGACGGUCAUGUUAAUCACUAUCUUAAGGAGCAUCCCGAUGCUGACAGGUAUCCGCUGAUCCUGGAUGUUGCACGUGGCCUGGGGUACCUGCACUCAAUGGAGCCAGCAGUGAGUCAUGGCGAUCUGAAAGGCGACAAUAUCCUGAUAACAUCUUCCGGGCGUGCAUGCAUAGCGGAUUUUGGAAUUGUAACUGCUCGAGACUCUCGUAUUCAAAUGACCACAACAGCAUCCGGCGUCGUGGGGACACUUCAUUUUAUGGCUCCAGAACUUCUAGCGGCAGAAAGUGCAGCUGAUAUCCAGAAUUUGGACAGAAGGCGGUGCGACAUGUAUGCAUUGGCUUGCGUCUGUUAUGAGAUGUUUACCGGGAUGCGCCCAUUUAAAAACCGGGAUCCCAAGCCCUCAAUACUUGGGGGACAGCGGCCAGAGCGGCCACAUGAGGCCCACCAAAUGUUAGACGACUUUAUGUGGAGUCUCAUAGAAACCCUGUGGAAACAUAGACCGAAAGAACGACCAACAGCAGAACAAGUAUGCGAGCGAAUUUCUCACAGGAUGGAUUCUGAGGGGAAAAUUACCGAGCACCCGUCCACUGAAGUGGAGUGGGAUGUAGGUUUUCUGGCUGAUCCCGCCGUGACGAUGGUGACAGAAGAUCCUUUCGCGCUUGCAAUUGCGCAUACGUACUAGGCUUAGACUCGUAUGCAAGUAUAUACAAAGUCUAUAUUGUACAAUUGCAUUGACCAUAUAUAUAUGUAAUACUAUCACU